AUGGAUUCAAUAGAUAAUAUGAGUCAAGAGGACAUAUCAUCAAAUAAUUCAACACGUACCACCGACACAACCACAACAACAACAACAUUAAUAACAACAAUAAAGGACAAUAAUAAUAAAGUUGAAAAAGGAAUUAUUGAUAAAAAUAUUUCAAUUAAACAACAAUGCCAAGAGGAGUUACCUUUUGUUGCUGAAAACCAAAAACAACAACCACUAAUUUCUUCCAUUUAUAUAAAAAAAGAUGGUAACGAUGAAGAAUAUGAAGAGGAUGGAGUAGAUAAAGAUGUAUCGGAAUCUGAGUCAUCAGAAUUAAAACCAGCAGAAUCAGAGUCAUCAGAAGAAUCAAAAUCAGAAGAAUCAGAGUCAGAAUUAGAAGAGGAGGUAUUAGAGGAACCAGAAGAAUUAUCAUCAAUCAAUUCAACUCCCUCACCAUCAACAUCAACUAAAAUGGUAGAGAAUGAAAAUAAAAAUUUAAGUAAUAGUAAUAAUAAUAAUACCAAUAACAAUAAUAAUAAUACCAAUAACAAUAAUAACAAUAACAAUAACAAUAACAAUAAUAAUAACAAUAAUAAUAAUAAUAAUAAUAAUAAUAAUAAUAAUAAUAAUAGUAAUAAUGGUAGUAGUAGUAUUAUUAUUAGUAGUAAUGGUAAUAGUAAUGGUAUUGUUAGUGAAGAAGAAGAAGAAUCAUAUCAACUUUAUAAUUUUUCAAUUAAUGUCACACCAAAGAUACAUUUACCAAAGAAUAAACCUAUAACAAUUGAAAAUUUACAAGCUAAAACUUUUCAACAUAAUAGAUUAAGAUAUAGUGGUAAAAAGGUUAAAUUAUUAUCCCACCACUAUUCAAAAAUCAAAGGUGGUGGUUCAAUAAACUAUAGAAAUAAUGAACAAACUACAUUUGGUGGUUCAAAAUUUUUUGAAAGUUUGUUUUCUUCACGUGCAAGUUGUUCAAAAAUUUUAAGAAAUUCAAUUAGAGUUGAAAGAAAUACUUUAAAUUCUGAUAAACAAUGGUUAGAAAAUAAUCCUAAUCUAUAUUAUAAAAUAAAUAACAAUAACAAUAAUAAUAAUAAUAAUAAUAAUAAUAAUAAUAAUAAUAAUAAUAAUAAUAAUAAUAAUAAUAAUAAUAAUAAUAAUAAUAUUAUUAUUAUGAGUGGUGGUGAAGAUAAUGAUAUUGAUAAAGAUAGAUUAGCAUCAAUUAAAAUUAUAGAAGAUGAAGAUUUAGAAUCAAGUAGUGAUGAAGAAAAAUCGUAUAGUAAGAGUUUACGUGAACGUAAAACAUUGGAAGAAUUAGAAAAAGGUAUAAAUAGACAAUUACGUGAUAAAAUUGAUCAAAUUAAUUUGAAUAAACAAUUCUUUGAAUCAAGUUUAGGUAGAAAAAAAGUUACACUCAGUAAACAACAAUUAGAGGAACAACAAUUUUUAGAAACAAAUCUAUUUCAACCAAAUCCACAAUUUACUGAUAACUAUAAUAAAGAUAGACCAAAAAGGAGAAGAGAAAAAGUUAAUAGAAUUAUAAAUAAAGAUGAAGAUAAUGAUGAAAAUUAUAAUAGUAAAAAUAAAAAAGACCUUGAGAAUGGUAUUAAUAAUAAUAAUAAUGAAGAAGAAAAAGAAGAGUCAUCAUCUGAUGAUGAUGAGGGACCAUACAAUAUAUUAUAUUAUACAAUUCAUCCAUUACGUGGGUUAGACAAAAGAAUUGAUUCAACAUUAACACCAAGUGGUAAAAGAAAGAUGACAUUAGAAGAUCAAUUAAAAGAGACAGGAGUUGAAACACCAUCUUUUAAAUUGGUUACACCAUAUCAACCUUAUAAUCCCGACAUUAGUAGAAAAUAUUAUUCAAACUAUAAAUCUGGUACUUUAUUAACUCAUCAUUCUCAUAAUCCAAAUGCACAAUCUUUAUCUAAUCAUCACCAUCAUCAUCACCAUAAUAACCAAAACAAUAACAGCACUGUAAAUAGAAUAACAUCACCAACAUCACCAAAUAGUAUUAGUAGUAUUAUAAAUAAUAGCUCAAUGAGCACAAGAAGGAGUAAUAAUAAUAACAGUAAUAACAACAGUACAAAUAAUUCACCAUUUAUAUCACCAAGUAAUAAUAAUAAUAAAUCAUAUAAUUCAACACCAAUACCAUUAUCAUCACCAUUGGUAUCAUCAAAUUCACUUUCAAAUAAUAAUGGUGUUCCAGUUAUAAGUCUCUGGAAAAAAGUUUAUAAAAUUUUACAUCCAACUCAUUGGACAAAGGAAGAGAUUCAAAUUUUUGAUGAGAUGAUUUAUAUUUAUGGUUUUGAUUGGACAGAGAUUUCAAGAAUAUUAUGUGGUAUCAAAUCACCAAUUCAAAUGUAUAAAUUUUAUUUAAAACAACAACAACAACAACAACUCUUACAAAUUAGUAAUAGUGAAAAUGUAGAUAAUAGUAACAAUGGUAAAAAUAAAAAUAAUAAUAAUAAUAAUAAUAAUAAUAAUAAUAAUAAUAAUAAUAAUAAUAAUAAUAAUAAUAAUAAUAAUAAUAAUAAUAAUAGUGAUUUACAAUUAGUAACAUUAGAUGAAACACAACAAAUUUUAAUUAAAAAUCAAGAGAAAGAGUUUUUUAAUGAUUGGGCUAGAAUUUGUUAUGUUUGUUUUUUAGAAAAUUGUUGUAAUAAGAAAGUAUCAUCUCAAAAGAAUUUAGAAAAGUUAAGAAGAGAUUCAAAUUAUGAAUCAUUUGUAAAUUGUGGAACUUGUGAAAGUGUAUUUCAUUUAGAAUGUGCUGAUCCUCCAUUACAUAAAAUACCUCCUGGUACUUGGUAUUGUUCAAAUGAAUGUAGUUCUUUGUCUCAAUUGAAAUGUGAAAAUUGUUCAAAAGAUAAUAAAAUUGAAUCCAUGGCAUUAUGUAUUUCGUGUAAUAGAGGAUAUCAUAUAUUUUGUUUAGAGACACCUUUGUUUGAAGUUCCUUAUUAUGAUUGGGACUGUCCAACUUGUGAAACAAUGAAAUCACAAUCAGCUGAUAAUAAUUUAUCAUUACUUAAAGAAUUACCAAUCUUGGAAAGAUUAGUAUCAAAUAGCAAUAACAAUGAUAUUCCAAAUAGUAAUAGUUUAAAUUCAUCAAUCGAUUUACAACCAUUCCAUAAUAAUAAUAGUAAUAAUAACAAUAAUAUUAUUAAUAAUACCACAAAUAGUUGUGGUGAUUUAUCAGCAUUGAAUACUCCAAAUCUAUCGAUUUCAUCAUCACUACCAACAAUUUAUGAGGAUGAAAAAGAAAAACAACCAAUCGAACAAACACAAAAUCUUGAAAAAGAAAUAAAAGAGGUAGUUUUAUUAAAAUCACCAGUAUUAAAUAAUGAUAUAAUAUCAAUAGCAACACCAGUAUCAUCAUCUUCAACAGCACCAACAACAACAACAACAACAUCAACAAAUUCUACAUCACAAACUUCACCAUCUACUCCUACUCAAAUAUCAAAUACAAUAGCAACAACAACAGCAACAACAUCAACAUCAACAACAGCUCAAAUAUGCACAUCAAAUAGUGCAUUAGGAUCACCCUCCUUUUUUAGAAGGUCUAUAAAUUCACCAUUAUAUAAUUCAUCAUCAUCCAUACCUUUAUCAUUAUCAUCAAAUAAUUUAUUGUCAGCUUCAACUUCAACAUCCUCAUUAAAUACACUUUUAGGUUCUUCAUUCUCAUCAUUACCUCAAUUUUUAGGUUCAACAAUAUUACAUUCUGAAGAUUGUCAAUUUAAAAAUUACAAUAAUAUGAAUAAUAGCAAUAAUAAUAAUAACAAUCCAAAUAAUAUUGAUUCUGAUGAAAUAAAAUCAACCAAUGAAACAAAUAGUGAACAACAAAAUUCUGAAACUAAUUUAUCAAAUGCUAGAAUCAUUGCAAAAGAAGGUUCAAAAUUAUCAUCACAAGCAGUUAAUAAACAAUUUAUAACAUUGAAAAGAUUGGGUGGAGUUUGUUUAGGUUGUUUGGUUCAAGCAGGUUUAUUUGAAGAUUCACCAAACAUCAAUACUCAAGAGGUUUAUGAUUAUGUCGAUACCAUUCAACAGGAUAUCACUGAAGAGGAAUUCGAUGUCGAAUCUUUAUUCACAAGAAGAUUGGAUAUCUUAUUGUCUUCAAUACUCUAUUCAACUCAACAAAUGAUAGAUCAACCAAUUCUAUCAAAUCAACAACAAGUAGAAGAUCAACAACAUCAACAUAUUUUAGCUUUAGAAAAAUUGAAAAAGCAAUUAAGACAAGAAAGAAAACAACAAAAAAGACAAUUAAAAAAAGAAAAACAACAACAAAGAAGAGAAAAAGAAAAAGAAAAAGAACAACAACAAUCACAAAAAUCAAAUAAUAAAUCAAAUAAUAAUAAUAAUAAUAAUAGUAAAUCAUCAUCGCCAGCAUCAGCAUUAUCAAAAAAUACUCAACAACCAAAACAACAAAUAAUUGAUAAUAUAUUCCCAUUAGAGCCAGCUUCUGUUGUUGUAAUUAUAACUCCACCUCAAAAGUCUGAACAAUUCUUAAUUGAAGCACCACCAAUAGAAUUGAUAAAGUUAAAAGAGGAAAAACAAGAACAACAUCACCAAACAGAACAAAAACAAGAACAACAUCAACAAAAAUUAGAGGAAUCCAUUUUAUCUUUACAACAAGAACUUCAUUCGAAUGUUACCACUCCAACAAUUUUAUCAUCACAAUCUGCAAUACCUGUUGAUCAACAUCGACUUGAGUUACCAACUCUACCACAUCCACUAUCACAACCACACAUUCCAUCAUCUCCUCCAAAGCAACAAGAACAAAAACAACAAGAGCAACCACAACAAGAACAAUCACAACAAGAACAACAACAACAACUAGAGCAACAACAAGAACAACAACAAGAACAUCAACAAGAACAUCAACAACAAGGUCAACAAGAACAACAACAAGAACAACAACCAUCAACUACUUCCCCAAUAUCAUCAUCAACAACAACAAUAAUAAAACAAGAAGAGUUAGAAGUAAGUUUUACACCUCAAACUUCCACAGUUACACCAAUAGAAUCAACAACAAUAACAACAACUUUACUAGAGAUACCUACAUCUAAAAUAACACAUAUUACUGAAACACCAAUAAUGGUCCAAUCUAUGGAAUUAGCAACAACAGUAAUAGUACCACAGGAAUCUAUAGUCUUACCAAUAAAACAAGAGUUGGAUAUACCUACUUUACAAGAAACAAACAUAAAGGAAAUACCAACAACAGAAUCACUAGUUACUACAGAAAUUCCAUUGACAAUAGAAAUUCCAAUAACAACAGAAAUAAAUCAACAUAAUUUAAAAGGAACAUCAACAGAAUCACCAACAAAUCAAUUGGAUAUAGUAAUGGAACAAAAAGAAAACUCUGAUGAUAAAAUAACAACAGAAAACGUUUUAACACCAAGUAAAAAGAGAACAUUUGAUCAAAGUGAAGAGACCAAUAGUAUAGCAUUACCAUCACCAGUAUCACCAAUAGCUCCUGGUUUUGUACCACUACCACCACCAAUCAAUGAGGAGGAUAAGUUAUUGGCAAACAAAGAAAAGAUUCAAAUCUCACAAUUCUACGAUAUCGUUGGUGAAUUUAUUGUUGCUCCUUUGAUUGAAGAGAAACCUUUGAAAAGAUAUAAAAGAUCAAAGAAAUAUAAUACAAAGAAUAAUAGAUUGCUACAAGAAACUCAAACACAACUAUUAAUAAUGGCAAACAAUAGUAUCACUAAUGGUGGUGUAAAUCUUAAUGGCACUGUUGAUCAAAUUGCACAACAUUCUUUACAAUUUCAAACACAUUUGCAAUUACAACCUUCGCAAAUGGAUUUGGUUCAGUCUCUACAAUAUCCACCACCACCACCACCAUAUGUUCAACAUCCAUUACAGCUAACUCAUUCUGAUCUAUCUUUACAACAAACUUUAUCACCUUAUUCUUCCUUUACUUCUUCAAAUACUUUUACUACUCCAACCACUUUUCCAACUACUAUUCCAGCAACCAUUCCCACACAAUUGCCAACUACAACAAUUGGAGUACCUCAGUUACCACCAAAACCAACAAAAGCAACAACCAAAACCAUAUCCACACCUCCUCCAAUUUCAUUACCAAUUCCAUCAUUUUUAACAAUGGGUAGUAGUACCCCAUUAUCAUCAACAUCUACUUCAACUACUCCAACCACCACUGCCACCACUGCCACCACUGCCACCACAACAACAACAACAACAACAACAACAACAACACCAAUAAUAACACCAACACAUACACCAGCAACACCUCCAUUGGUAAAUGAAACCACUCCAUCUAUUUCAUUGAUUACACCAUCAAAAGCUAAAGGUAGAGUCAAAACAAAAAAAGCAAGUCUUGCUUUACCUCAACUAACUCCUCACAUACCAACUAUACCACUUGCAUCAAUGGCAUCUAUUUCUUCAUUAUUACCACCUUCUUUAACAGUUUCUUCAACAUCGGUACCUAUCGUUACUAUUAAUAAUGAUAGUAAUAAUAAUAAUAAUAAUAAUAAUAAUAAUAAUAAUAAUAAUAAUAAUAAUAAUAAUAAUAAUAAUAAUAAUAAUAAUAAUAAUAAUAAUAAUAAUAAUAAUAAUAAUAAUAAUGAAGUUCAAACAAAUAGUAAAGAGUUGACAACGACAACAAAUCCAACAUCAUUAACAGGAAAUGUAAUACCAUCACCAUCAGCAAUUGCAGCAGCAACAGCAUUAUUAAUGAAUCCAAAAUGUAAGACAAAGGAUGCAAUCGGAGUUGCAAGAGGUAGAAGAGAAAGAAUGUCAACAGGUGAUUCUAUUAAUUCAAUACGUUGGUGGAUUUUCUCUGGAAAUCCAAAGAUUAAACCAGAGUUAAAUUCAAUGACACCUGGUGUUGAAAUGGAUUGGGUCGUAAGACAACAUUCUGAUAAUAUUAGAAAGAACGAUAAGGUAUUCAUUUGGAGUUGUGGUAAAAAUGCUGGUAUCACUGCAACCGGCUUUACUUUGAGUGACCCUGAACGUGUAAUGAUAGAAAAUUGUUCAGAACCAACCAUUUAUCAAUCUAGUAAACCAAAUCAACAUCAUACAAUUAAAAUUCGUAUUGAAAAGAUCUUACCAGUAGUACUUCCAAAAAGGUAUAUUUUAGAACAACCUCAUUUACAAAAUAUGACCAUUAUUCGUGCUCCACUUGCCACAAACUUUUGGUUAAAUGACAAUGAAUCUUUAGUAUUAUGUGAAUUAUUUGAUUCAUUAGAAAAAGGAACUUUAGUUUUACCAACUUAUGAAAACAAUAUUACUGGUUCAUCAAGUAAUACUUCAACACCUCCAAUGUCACCAACUUUAACUAAUAGCAAAGAUAGUAAGAGUAGUAAUAGUAGAAGAAAGCAAGAUCAAGAUGAUAUGAAAAUGGCUGAAUCAUCAUCGUCAUCAUCUCAUUCAAGUGAUAAAGAUAAAUCAUCAUCUUCAAGAAGAAGAAAGAAAUUAAAAUCUGAAGAGGAUUUAUCACAACCAUCACCAUCAUCUACAUUAACACCAUUGUUAACAAACAUUGAAAAUCAUUCAACAUCAUUAGCUAUAGUACCAACUAAUACAAAUAAUUAUGAAUAUGAUGAGGGGGAGGAGGAGGAAGAGCAGGAGGAAGAGGAGGAUAAUAAUGAUGAAAGUCCAGAUGAAAAUGAAACAAAGAAUAAAAAAAUCAUAAAGAUAGUAGAAUCAAAGCAUAGAGCCUGUUCAGAAUGUAAUAAAAUGGAUGUUAAAUCAAAUAUGAUUACCUGUGAUACAUGUUGUUCUUAUUAUCAUUCUAAAUGUUUAUUGGAUCCAAUCGAUAAGUCUGGAUAUGCCUAUUGGAUUUGUUUCAAGUGUUGUAUGUCUGAUGAAGAGAUUUUAAAUUGUAAAUUAGUAAUUGGUUGGUUAGAAUUAAAAUCAAAAGUAAAGAAGCUAUUAUUCAAAAAAUGUGAUUCAUUCUCUUUUAAUCUAAAGAAAUCUUUAGGUAAUGCAAAUAAGAAAAAGAUUUUAUCAAAAUUUUCAUCCUAUUCAAGUCAGUUUAACUAUUAUAGAAAUCAAUUAACUAAAUUGGUAAAUCAAAGAUAUUUAAAUUGGUAUAAUGGUUUAAUGAUCCAAUUAAAUAAUAAUAAUAAUAAUAAUAACAAAGAUAGUAAUAUUGUCAUAAUACCACCUCAACAACCAAUUAUAGAAGAACCAAAGGUUACAAAUACUUCAAAAACUAGAUCCAGAAGGUCUACAAUCAAUUAA